AUGGGAAUAUUUCGUUGGAACUAUCCAGAGAAUUCUGUACCCGGUUUUUGGGGAGAAACAACCUCGACUAUUGACUGGUGUGAAGAGAACUACGUCGUUUCUCCUUAUAUUGCCGAGUGGUCAAACACUUUGACCAACAGCGUAUUCAUACUGUCGGCGAUUUACACAACUUACUCUGCAUACAAGAAUAAACUAGAGAAAAGAUUUUUACUUAUUGGAUUCGGAUACGGUUUGGUCGGGGUGGGAUCAUGGUUAUUUCAUAUGACCUUGAAGUAUAGAUUCCAGUUACUGGAUGAAUUACCCAUGAUAUAUGCCAUGUGCAUUCCAACAUGGAGUUUGGUAUGCGAAGCCAAAGAGGCGUUGCUCAAUGGAGAUAAUCAUAAGAAGGUUCCUUUAUUUGAACAGAUAUUUAUUGGUAUCAUUAUUGCCCUGGCCGUUACAACAGCAAGCAUACUCUACGUUAUUUAUAAGAAUGUCGAUAUCCAUCAAAUUUUGUUUGGCGUACAGAUUGUAGUUGUUGCUGCUACUGCAGGAAGCCUAACGUACAGAUACGUCCAUGAUCCGCUUGCUAAAAGAAAUCUCAAGGCUUCAAUGGCACUCGGUGCAAUAUUGUUCCUAUCUGGCUACGUAUCGUGGCUACUUGAUAUCCACUUUUGUUCAUUCUGGGUGCACAUUAGAAGAAGCAUCCUGGCUUUACCACUUGGUGUACUGCUUGAGCCGCACGGAUGGUGGCAUAUACUGACUGGCAUGGGAAUUUAUUUCUACAUUGUUUCUUUAGAACAUUUAAGGGUCAUCACGCUGAAUGUCAGCUGCAAUUACCUAUUCAUCUGGAGAUGGAAGGUUUUCCCUGAAUUGAUAUGGAAAGGACGCAACCCCUCGACAAGAUAUUCACUUGAACUAUUUGGGCCAUACGUAGAAGAUCAAUCACUUGAGGCUAAAAAGAAAAGGUAA